ACCUCUCACCCUCUCGCUGUCCCCGCGCGACAGAGGCGGUGCGCGGACUACGUCGCCCGGCGUGCAUCGCGCGUGCCCCGCCCCAUGUGUUCCUUUGACUUCUGGGAAACCGAGUUCAGCUGCCUUCCCACGAGCCUUCACGGCGCCGUGCUCGGUACUUGAAAUCCCGGCAAGCUCGGCGGCACUUUAGCUCCGCCUCUCUCCUCCUUUGCUCACGAGCCCCGCCCCAGCCCGCCCCGCCCCGCGCCGGGGCCGGAGCCGCAGCCCGAGCGGCGGGGUGACCAUGGAGGAAGAAGAUGAGUCUCGAGGGAAGACGGAGGAGUCGGGCGAGGACCGGGGAGAUGGGCCGCCAGACAGAGAUCCCACGCUUUCUCCUUCUGCCUUUAUCCUGCGAGCUAUCCAGCAGGCCGUGGGAAGCUCCCUGCAGGGAGACCUGCCCAAUGACAAAGAUGGCUCUCGGUGUCAUGGCCUUCGAUGGCGGCGCUGCCGGAGUCCACGGUCAGAGCCCCGUUCCCAGGAAUCAGGGGGGACUGACACGGCUACUGUGCUGGACAUGGCUGCGGACAGCUUCCUCGCAGGGCUGGUGAGUGUCCUGGAUCCCCCGGAUACCUGGGUUCCCAGCCGCCUGGACCUGCGGCCUGGCGAAAGUGAGGACAUGCUGGAGCUGGUGGCCGAGGUUCGAAUCGGGGACAGAGAUCCCAUCCCUCUGCCUGUGCCCAGCCUGCUGCCCCGGCUCAGGGCGUGGAGGACGGGCAAAACGGUUUCUCCACAGUCGAACACUUCUCGGCCCACCUGUGCCCGUCACCUCACCUUGGGCACGGGAGAUGGGGGCCCUGCCCCACCUCCUGCCCCCUCCUCUGCGUCCUCCUCCCCUUCCCCUUCUCCCUCAUCUUCCUCCCCUUCCCCUCCCCCACCCCCACCGCCCCCUGCACCCCCAGCCCCACCUGCCCCCCGAUUCGACAUCUAUGACCCCUUCCACCCCACCGACGAGGCCUACUCUCCACCACCUGCUCCGGAGCAAAAGUACGACCCCUUCGAGCCCACUGGCUCCAACCCCAGCUCAUCAGCCGGGACCCCCUCACCCGAGGAGGAAGAGGAGGAGGAGGAAGAGGAAGAAGAGGAGGAAGAGGAGGAGGAGGAGGAGGAGGGCCUGUCCCAGAGCAUCAGCCGCAUCUCGGAGACCCUGGCAGGCAUCUACGAUGACAACAGCCUGAGCCAGGACUUCCCAGGUGACGAGAGCCCCCGCCCGGACCCACAGCCCGCACAGCCGACUCCAGCCCCUGGAACACCGCCCCAGGUGGACUCCACCCGGGCUGAUGGAGCCAUGCGCCGGCGGGUCUUCGUCGUGGGGACCGAGGCGGAGGCCUGUCGGGAAGGCAAGGUCUCUGUGGAGGUGGUGACCGCUGGUGGAGCCGCCCUCCCGCCGCCCCUGCUGCCGCCUGGCGACUCGGAGAUUGAGGAGGGCGAGAUUGUCCAGCCAGAGGAGGAGCCCAGGGUGGCACUGUCCCUUUUCCGCCCCAGCGGCCGGGCCACCCGGCCUCCGCCCGCCGCCUCGGCCACACCUGCGGCCCAGCCCCUACCCCAGCCUCCUGCUCCCCGGGCCCCCGAGGGGGAUGACUUCUUGUCCCUGCACGCGGAGUCGGAUGGCGAGGGCGCCCUGCAGGUGGACCUGGGGGAGCCAGCCCCGGCGCCGCCUGCUGCUGACUCACGCUGGGGCGGCCUGGACCUGCGCCGCAAGAUCCUGACCCAGCGGCGGGAGCGCUACCGCCAGCGCUCGCCCUCCCCGGCACCUGCGCCAGCUCCGGCAGCCGCGGUGGGUCCCCCCACGCGCAAGAAGUCCCGGCGGGAGCGCAAGCGCAGCGGUGAGGCCAAGGAGGCGGCUUCGUCCUCGUCGGGUACCCAGCCUGCGCCGCCCGCCCCAGCCUCGCCCUGGGACUCCAAGAAGCACCGCUCGCGGGACCGCAAGCCCGGCUCCCACACCUCGUCGUCUGCCCGCCGCCGCUCCCGCUCCCGCUCCCGCUCCACCCGCCGCCGCUCGCGCAGUACCGACCGCCGCCGCGGAGGCAGCCGCAGGUCGCGGUCCCGGGAAAAGCGGCGGCGGCGGAGGCGCUCAGCUUCCCCACCCCCAGCCACCUCUUCAUCGUCGUCUUCGAGGCGUGAGCGGCACCGCGGGAAACACCGGGACGGUGGCGGCAGCAAGAAGAAGAAGAAGCGGUCACGGUCCCGGGGCGAGAAGCGGUCUGGGGAUGGCAGCGAGAAGGCCCCGGCACCUGCUCCGCCGCCCUCCGGCUCCACCUCUGGUGGUGACCGCGACAGCCGCCGCCGGGGGGCCGUGCCGCCCUCCAUCCAGGACCUCACGGACCACGACCUCUUCGCCAUCAAGCGGACCAUCACGGUGGGCCGGCUUGACAAGUCCGACCCCCGAGGACCCUCUCCCGCCCCGGCCUCGUCACCUAAGCGGGAGGUCCUGUACGACUCUGAGGGACUGAGCGGCGAGGAGCGGGGCGGCAAGAGCAGCCAGAAGGACCGGCGCCGCUCGGGGGCUGCUUCCUCCUCCUCCUCCUCCCGGGAGAAGGGGUCUCGUCGGAAGGCUCUGGACGGGGGGGACCGGGAUCGGGACAGGGACAGAGAUAGGGACAGGGACAGGUCAUCCAAGAAGGCCCGGCCCCCCAAGGAGUCGGCGCCUUCCUCAGGGCCCCAGCCAAAGCCACCGGUCAGCAGCGGCUCAGGCUCUUCAUCCUCGUCCUCCUCCUCUUCGUCCCGGAAGGUGAAGCUGCAGUCCAAGGUGGCGGUGCUGAUCCGCGAGGGUGUCAGCAGCACCACUCCGGCCAAGGACGCCGCGUCGGCCGGCCUGGGCUCCAUCGGCGUCAAAUUCAGCCGCGACCGGGAGAGUCGCUCCCCUUUCCUCAAGCCCGACGAGCGGGCCCCGACUGAGAUGGCCAAAGCAGCUCCGGGCAGCACCAAGCCCAAAAAGACCAAGGUCAAGGCCAAGGCAGGGGCCAAGAAAGCCAAGGGGACCAAGGGAAAGACCAAGCCAUCCAAGACCAGGAAAAAGGUCCGCAGUGGAGGCGGUAGCGGGGGCAGUGGUGGCCCGGUGUCACUGAAGAAGUCCAAGGCGGAUAGCUGCAGCCAGGCGGCAGGCACCAAGGGGACAGAGGAGACUUCGUGGUCCGGAGAGGAACGGGCAGCCAAGGUCCCUAGCACCCCACCCCCCAAGGUAGCCCCACCACCCCCUGCCCUCACUCCAGACUCACAGACUGUGGACAGCAGCUGCAAGACACCCGAGGUCUCCUUCCUGCCUGAGGAGGCCACUGAGGAGGCUGGGGUCCGAGGGGGUGCAGAGGAGGAGGAGGAAGAGGAAGAAGAGGAGGAGGAAGAAGAGGAGGAGGAGGAGCAGCAGCCUGCCACCACCACGGCCACCAGCACUGCUGCGGCCGCCCCAAGCACUGCCCCCAGCGCGGGGUCCACAGCCGGUGACUCGGGGGCGGAGGACGGGCCGGCUUCCCGUGUCUCCCAGCUGCCCACGCUGCCCCCGCCCAUGCCCUGGAACCUGCCAGCUGGUGUGGACUGCACCACCAGCGGCGUCCUGGCCUUGACUGCACUUCUCUUCAAGAUGGAAGAAGCCAACCUGGCGAGCCGAGCGAAGGCCCAGGAGCUGAUCCAGGCCACCAACCAGAUCCUCAGCCACAGAAAGCCACCCUCAAGUCUGGGGGUGACCCCAGCUCCUGUGCCCACCUCUCUGGGUCUGCCCCCUGGCCCCUCCAGCUACCUGCUUCCUGGCAGCCUCCCCCUGGGGGGCUGCGGCUCGACCCCUCCUACCCCCACCGGGCUGGCUGCCACUUCUGACAAGAGAGAGGGCAGCAGCAGCUCCGAGGGACGUGGGGACACAGAUAAGUAUCUGAAGAAGCUGCACACGCAGGAGCGGGCGGUGGAGGAGGUGAAGCUGGCCAUUAAGCCAUACUACCAGAAGAAGGACAUCACCAAGGAGGAGUACAAGGACAUUCUGAGGAAGGCUGUCCACAAGAUCUGCCACAGCAAAAGCGGGGAGAUCAACCCGGUGAAGGUGAGCAACCUGGUGCGGGCCUACGUCCAGCGCUACCGCUACUUCCGCAAGCACGGUCGCAAGCCAGGGGACCCCCCGGGGCCCCCACGGCCACCUAAGGAGCCAGGGCCCCCGGACAAGGGUGGCCCGGGUCUGCCCCUGCCCCCUCUCUGAGAGCCCUGGCCAGCUCUUCGCCCCUCAUCUCUUUGAAAUUCUGGACAUAUUUAUGGCUCCACCUCCCCACUUCCCUCCCCCAUCAGUGGGAUGAUUGGGGGAGGGAUGCUGCAGGGAAGAGGAGAGCCCCCUGCCCUGCCCUGCCCCAUGCCCACAUCCCUUGCCCCAAAGCCUGUCCCCAGUGCCCCUCCCUUCUGUUCGUGCCCCUCUCCCCAGUUUCAUUAAAGAUUUCAUGAAACAUC